AUGGUUGUGUUACUUGCUAUACCAAAUCAAAUUGCUGACUUGAAUCUUGGUUGUAUUCCUUUGGCUGCUAGCAUUUUUACAAUGCUGAUGGACACAAUUCUCAAUCGUAAGUAUGCAUAUGAUAGGUUUCCAAACACUUGCUUUCCAUUCAUAGCAUUUGAGCAUUUAGCUCCUUACAUGAAUCUUAAUACAAUUGAAGGUGUUCUACUAUUCUCUGUUUUUGUCAUCAUUGGUUCUAAUAUAUUUAGUAACAUACCACUAGUGAUAUUGAUUGUUGGUCGUAUAUCUGACCUCUGUGAUGAUUGUGGACCAUUAGGUGGGUUACUCCUUGCCUGGAUUUCUACUAUAGCUGGUAAUUUCACUCUUAUUGGAAGUGUGGCUAAUCUCAUUGUUGCAGAAAAAGCACAAAGCUCAGCCAAGUAUCAUAUUUCAUUUCUUGAAUACUUCAUAUUUGGUUUUUCAUCUACACUGUGGAUAUUAUACGUGUGCCUUCCAGUAGUCUAUUUUAUGGGAAAACUUGCUGCUAAAAUAUAA